AUGCUCCUCAGCCCCUGCAUCAUUCUGCUUACUGCGGUAGUCACGUCCGUGACAGCGAAGCAUGACUACGGCGCGACAGUCUAUCUUAUCAGGCAUGGCGAGAAGCCAGCGGACGGCGGUCAGGGUUUGAGCCCUGCCGGGGAGCAGCGCGCAGAGUGCCUACGGAAUGUAUUCGGGGCCUCGUCGGGCUACAACAUCGGGUACAUCAUUGCGGAGCAGCCUGAGGGCAAUGGGGACAGGGCACGGCCUUACGAGACGGUCAAGCCGCUCGCCAACGACCUCGGCCUGAUGAUUGACACGUCGUGCAAGAAGAAGGACGCCAAGUGCGUGGCCAAGCUGGUCCGCAAGUACGACGGCAUCGGCAACAUCCUUAUCUGCUGGGAGCACGGGAUCCUCACCAGGAUUGCCGAAGCGCUGGGCGCGGAGAACGCACCCGAGUACCCCGGCGGUCAGUUCGGGGACAUCUGGACACUUGCGCAUGACUCUGAUGAUGUUACCACACAAGCGAUGGAGGACUGUCCUGGGCUUGGGCCUUGACUGGACAGGUAGGAG